UCGCUGUGAGAUUUGUGUUGUACUGUUGUGGUGCAGUAAAAGACAGCUAAAUAAACAGACGGUAAAACUGAACAUUUGACUCCGUUCACGUCGUAUAUUACAGACAUGUUGAUCUUUGCUACGCUCAGAUUUCUGUUUUCCUACAAGAAGCGCAACGUUAAGUUUAUGUCGCUGUGGAGGUGAAAACGAAGACGAGCGGCUGCUGUUUCCGGUUGUUCCUGUUGGUGAUGGAGACGGAUGGAUGUCCCCAAAAACAACCAAAACCAGCCUCCCGCUCAGACAUGGGGGGCGCAGAGCGGCUGGCCCACUGUUUACCACCCUUUGCCCAGUUUUCAUCAUCUCGGCCGGGGCCCUCCUCCUGCCCCGCAGACCCCGCAGGCAUGGGGCAGUAGCCCCCAGAGCGGGCGGGACACCAGCGCUUCAGACCAGCACCAACUCGGCCCUGAAGCUCCGCCUUCAGCCACUAGUCUGCCUGAAAACGGAGGGGGAAGCGCGCCUCCAUGUCAUCCCCCUGUUCUGAAGCUUCACCCCCCCCCGCAGGUUUGUCCUUACCCCCCCCACAAUUCUUCUUGGUCGGCAGCGUCCUGCUUCCACCCAAACCAGCCGCCUGGAAACGCAGCAUCAGGACCAGGAGCAAAUCUGAGGGAUGGAUCUGACCCCCCCUCUGCUCCUGCUCAACGUCCAGCAGGAAACACAAAUUUUAUUCCCACGGAAGCUGAAGAGGACAGACGUGUACCACAGCAGCUCUCCCCCUCUGCUUCUCGCUAUGGUCUGGAUCCGGAUUCGCUGCCGAGCGCCGUGAAGGUCAUGCUGGAGGACAGGGCGGAGUGGGAGGGCAGGACCUUCCUCUCAGAGCCCCUUUCUCCUCUUCCUCCUCUGCCCACCACUUCCUGUGUGAUGAAGGAUGGAGGUAAUGCGAGUCCCUCUGUGAUCCGCUCCAACUCCUACUGUUUACCCUGUGAGGCUCAGGUGGGGCUGCUCAGCCGCCUGCCUCUGGGGGCUCUGAUCACCCCCCUGGGGGGGCUGAACGCCGGAGAGGGACAUCCUCCCCUCUGCAAGGACUCGGAGCGUGUGGAUGGCUGCGGCUCCUGUGGGGCCUCCAUGUGCCCCCCCAUGAGCUGGCAGGACUGUGGGCAAAGGUUUUAUUGCCCCUUUUGUGGGAAACUCAACGAGGUGGCGUGGAAACACUACCAGCCCACCAAAGGGGUGAAUGGCGUCCGGGUGGAUGCUGACCACAGACCUGAACUCAGCCUGGGGUCGUAUGAGGUCAUCGGCUCGCAGCAGGAACCGGCUGCUCUGCUGCUCGCCGUCGACGUCUCUGCCUCAGCGCAGAGAGGAGGACACUUGGAGUUCAUGACUCAGCAAAUCCAGGCAGUUCUGUCCUCCUUGAGCAGGGAGGUUCCCGUCGGUUUGAUGUCGUACGACAGCAGGAUCCACCUGUACGACCUCAGCCCGGAGCUGUCCCGCCCCCACAUGCUGGUCAUCGCCGACACGGAGGAGCUGCAGCUUCCUGUGAGGGAGGGGCUCCUCGUGCCCCUCAGAGACUGCAUGGAGAGUGUCCUCAGCAUUCUGCAGGUUCUUCCUCACAUCAGUGGAGAUCAUGAAGGUUGCGGUGGAGCUCCUGUAGAGCUGCCGAUUCAAGCGGCGCUCGCAGUGCUUCAGGGCCUGAAGAGUCCGGGAAAACUGCUGAUCUUCCAUUCUGCUGAUCUGAUGGAGACGGGAGACACAAACUCCUCCUCAGGACUCUUUGGUUCCAACAAACCAAAGUCAGUCUUUCAGCCGUCGGAGCAGUCCAUCUCCCUGGCCAAAGAGUGCGUAAGCCAGGGCUGCGGUGUGCAUAUGUUUGUCCUUUCGCAGCAGGAUGUGGGCGGAGCCUGGCCAGGCCACAUCCCACACCUGACGGGAGGAGCUCUGCACAGCUAUGCCCACCUGCAGGGCAAGCUGGACCGGGACCGCUUCAGCCGGGAUCUGAGGAGAACCGUGGAGACGGACUUUGCUUUCCGGGCCGAGCUCAGGAUCUUCGUCUCCAAAGAUUUGCGCGUGUCUGGAUGUUAUGGGAUGUUCGUCCCUGGCCCUAACCCGGCACAUGUCACCAUGGCAACCCUGGACAGGAGGACCACACUGGCUGUGGAGCUGGCUCACACUAGAGCUCUGGACGAGGCCAGAGGAGCAGCCAUACAGACCGUUCUGUCCUACAGCCUCCAGACCGGAGAGACGAGGACGCGGGUCCACACGCUGACUCUGAGAUGCUCGCGCCACCUUCAGGACGCCUUCAGGAACUUUCAGGCCCAAACGCUUCUCAGCUUCUACUGCAAAAAAAUGUACUGCUCGGUGCUGGAGCGCCCCCUGCAGGAGCUGAGGGAGGAGCUGCAGACGGACACGACCGAGGCGCUGGCGUCUUACCGCAAACACUGCAGCACGUCCUGCGUGUCUGCGGGGCAGCUGGUCCUUCCUCGGUUCCUGCGGGCUCUUCCCGUCUUCCUCAACAGCCUGAGGAAGAGCGAGGUUCUGCUGCCGGGUCUGAGGAGCUCCAUCCACCAGAGGCUGCAGCUGCGCUGCUGCGUGCUCGCCAUGGACCCCCGCAACACGGUGGAGCACUUCUACCCCCCCCUGCUGCCGCUGCUGCUGUCAGAUGGCGGCGGUUUGAGUCCAGGCGAGCCGCUGCGCUGCACGGCCGCCAGCCUGCAGCCCACGGGCCUUUACCUGCUGCACCCUCCCCUCAUCCUGCUGCUGUGGGUGGGAAGCCAGGUCCCAGCAUGCACUCUGGCCCAGCUCUUCAGCGCGGGCUGUUUCUCGUCCCUGGCGUCCGGAGAGAUCAAGCUGCCGGUUUUGGACACUCCUCUGUCUGUCUACGUUCGAUCUCUGAUCGACGACCUGAGCGAGCGGACGCUACACAGCCAGAAGCUGUUGGUGGUGAAGCAGGGAGACGCGUGUGAGGAGGAGCUGCAGCGCCUCCUGGUGGAGGACAAGAGUCCAAACGGAGGAGCGUCGUACGCCGACUACCUGUACCACCUGCACUUCAACUCUGUCCGACUCCUGCAGUGACACACAUGUACACAUCUGCACACAGAACAUAUGCACAUAUAUGCACACACACACACACACAUAAGGCACACGGACACAUCUAUGUAUAUAUAUGUACAUACAUGUCUGCAUGCACACAAACACACAUAUAGGCUCAUGUAGGUAUGCAUUCAUGCACACAGUUCUUCCAAUGUGUCCAUCAUUCAUUCAUACUUGGUGAUGGUCACUACUGAUGUACCACAGCGGCCCUGGGGCAGACGGCGUGGCUGCCAGUUCACGCCUACGGCCCCUCUGACCAUCACCGGGACAUUCAUACGCAUUCAUACAGCAGUGGAGCCACACUGGAGGCAAGGAGGGUGAAGUGUCUCACCCAAGGACACGACGACAGUUGGCUGGGGGAUCGGGGAUCGAACCGCCGACCGUUCAAUUCAUUAGACCACCUGCUCAACCGUCUGCGCCACUGCCGUCCACGUAUAUGUGCACGUGUGUGUGCACAUAUACGCACACGCACAAACACACUCACAUUUGCACACACACACACAUGUCCUCAUGUACGUUUCCAGUCAUGCACACACACACACACACACAGACACACAGACUCCUCAUGUUCACAUUGAUCUGAAGAUCUGUUUUUAUCAUGAAAAUGUUUGUCUGUAUUUAAUGAUUUGUGUGAAUACACGUUUUCAUUUCCUGAAUGUCAAUGAUGUUAAUUCAUUGCAGUUUAACCCCCACCCCCCCUCCACCCCCCAGGUGCUCUGUCCCUGCAGUCAAACGGUUAAACUGAAUAAAGAGAAGCCUUCA